AAGAAGGGCAGGCACUCCGCCAUUGAGCUACACUCCCAGGCCUGAGAUUCUCCGCCUGCACUGGGAUUUUCAUUCAUUGAAAAUACUGCAUUUUAUUUACUUGAUAAUAAUCAAUAGCUUCUUUAAAAUCCUUGUCAGUUUCAACGUCUGCUUCACCUCAGAGUCAGACGAGAUGUGCGUUGACUUUCUUUUCCUUGGGGAUACGUUUCCAUUUCCUUGGUAUGUAGUGAUUUUGGGUUGCAUCGUGAGCAGUGAGGUAUGGAGAUUCUAGAGUCUGAUUUCCUCUGUUUUAACAGGUGGUUUUCUUGGCUGGGCUUGCACUGCACCUGUUUCUUGGUGGUGACUCUGGUCUUAGUUCAGCUCUCUUCUCUUUAGCUGCACUGCUUCAAGUCUGUUCUACCCAAGUGAAUUUAAGGGUUAGUCAGAGAUGAGGGUAGACAGAGUUUGGGACCUCCUUUGUGGCCCUUCCCUUUUCAGGAUUCUUUAUUUCCUUCUCAUUUUCUUAGCUUUUGCCUGGCCCAGAAAGACUGCAGGUUUCCCUCCAGGUGUCUAUGCUGUGCUUAGUCCAAACUAAAAGCCAAGGAGAUGGAAACUCGCUUGCAUGGAGUCUAUCAUGGCUCAAGAAUCUCCCAAAAAUUCAGCAGCAGAAAUUCCAGUGACGAGUAAUGGAGAAGUGGAUAACUCCCACGAACAUGGCUUUAACAGGGAUUUGAAGCAUUCAUUACCAUCUGGACUUGGUCUCUCAGAAACUCAAAUCACAUCUCAUGGCUUUGACAGUACCAGAGAGGGGGUUAUUGAAGCGGGAACAUACCAAGGUUCCCCAGCACCACCUUUGCCGUCUGUUCUAUCUCCUAGCAGGGUUGCAGCUAGUCAACUGGCUCAACAAGGAAGUGAUUUAAUUGUUGCUGCAGGUGGCCAGAGAACACAGACAAAAAGUGGACCAGUUAUUCUAGCAGAUGAAAUUAAAAAUCCUGCAAUGGAAAAGUUAGAACUUGUUAGAAAAUGGAGUCUAAAUACAUAUAAGUGUACUCGACAAAUUAUCUCUGAGAAACUAGGCCGUGGCUCAAGAACUGUGGACCUUGAACUUGAAGCUCAGAUUGAUAUAUUAAGAGAUAAUAAGAAAAAAUAUGAAAAUAUUCUAAGACUGGCUCAGACAUUGUCAACCCAGCUUUUCCAGAUGGUGCAUACCCAGAAGCAACUUGGAGAUGCAUUUGCUGACCUGAGUUUGAAGUCCCUAGAACUCCAUGAAGAAUUUGGCUAUAAUGCAGAUACCCAGAAGCUGCUAGCUAAAAAUGGAGAGACUCUUCUUGGGGCCAUUAAUUUUUUCAUUGCCAGUGUGAAUACUUUGGUGAAUAAAACAAUUGAAGAUACAUUAAUGACUGUGAAACAGUACGAAAGUGCCAGGAUUGAAUAUGAUGCAUAUCGCACUGAUUUGGAAGAACUGAAUCUUGGACCACGUGAUGCAAAUACCCUACCAAAAAUUGAGCAGUCACAGCAUUUGUUCCAAGCACAUAAAGAAAAAUAUGAUAAAAUGCGCAAUGAUGUUUCUAUCAAAUUGAAAUUUCUAGAAGAAAAUAAGGUUAAAGUGUUGCACAAUCAGCUGGUCCUUUUCCACAAUGCCAUCGCUGCCUACUUUGCUGGGAAUCAGAAGCAGCUUGAACAGACACUUAAACAGUUUCAUAUCAAAUUGAAAACCCCUGGAGUGGACGCCCCAUCUUGGCUGGAAGAACAGUAAAACCUCACCUGGCAGGAAAAGAAAGUCUCCUUGUGCUGUAAACAAAACUAAUGAGUUGAGUGCAGUGGGGAAAGUGGCAGGGUGACAACCAUUGCAGUGAUUCUCGCACAGACAGCUUUAAUUUUUCCCUUUUCAUACCUUAACAAUUGAACUGUUAAAUUUGAUAGGAAAGUGAGUGGUUUUAUUGUAAACAUAAUUUCUAUAAUCUGAACACAGUAAUUUCCCUUUUUGAGAAAUCCUUUUGUAUUGUGAGGGUUGAUGGCUAUUUCUGUAGUUUGAAAACACCUAAUAUAGAUUUGCACUGACAAGAUAAAAAUUCAAUGUUUUUGGUCCUGGAAGUGAGGGCCAGUUGAAACUUUCCAAAGGAGGUUUAUGUGAUUUGUAUCAGCAUCAGACAUUUUAUAUAUGAAUAUAUUAAACAUCUUUAAGAGAUUCAUUUUCAUGUAUUGUCUUUAAAAAGAAACUAUUUUAGAGUAAAUUAUAUGAUGUUCCUGCAGCAUCCACACAGAGUUGGCAGCUUUAAUGAAUGAUGGAUUGGCUCAUGGAGUUGUGGCAAAUACCUUUUGAAAAUUUAAUCCAUACCUUUGUAAUUUUGUUUAGACUUUUUUUUUUUUAAAGGCAAAGGACUCACACUGUCAUUCCUGUGAGGAGUUUUAAGCUAAUGGAUUUGUAUCACCCAAAGUCAUUGGGUAGUUAUAUCAACAACUUAUUUUGAUUUAUAAUGAAAUCUGCUAAAGAUAAUUUUUUUUUUAACAUGUAGACUUGGGAAUGGAAGUUCUUGAUGGUUUCUAGGGUAGAAAUCUAUACUUAGAAAGCUAGUUUUAGGGAAGAUUCCAUUUUGACAGAAGUGAAUUCCUAGACAGCUUUCAUUGACUUCCCUACGUAAGAUGCCGAUUAAGCCUUAAGUCACAGAUAUGUGCCUUCUCAUUCAACCAGUGUACAUAAUCCAUGACGAUCCCUCUUUGAGAUAUUGUUACAUGUAUCUGUUCCUUGGAAAGGAGCACCAUGUAUAAAUGUUAGGGUCUUUGUUUCUCAUUAAACCACUUAGAGGUUUAUGUUGAAAUCAACUUUUGACUUUGCUGUUUGGUUUCUCCUGGUCCUUUUGAGGAACGGGAAUGUGGGAGGUGUUUUUCAUUUGGAUAAUAAGGUCACGUGGGACUGUGGUGGUCACGGGAUGGGAAGGGUGAGUGGACAGGCCAGCACUGUUUAAAUGGUGUAGCACUGCUAGUGUGUGUCACUUGGUUGGCCUGUCCACUGCGUGCGUCUUCAUCUUAAAAGUUCCUUUGAUUUUUGUCAUAAUCAUAAAUUAGUAUUUUGAGAGAUCGCCCACCCUUCACCUGUUAGUUUCUGUUAUGUUAAAAUGAAGUCCUUAAGAUUACCAUUGUACAUGAACUUUCGUGGGCUGUAAGAUUUGUUUCAUGUCCAGAUGCCUGGUAGCUGGCUUUUUAAUUAAUAUGCCCAUUUGAGUGCUUAAUGCAGUGUAAUGUGAUUGUAAUCAUAAGCCUAUUUUAAAUCAUUCCCUCCUAUAUAUUUGUACUCUGAGAGCCUUAUUUUAUUCUUUCAGAAUAACUACUUGUGAUAGUUCAUUUACAUUCCCCAGAAUGUGCCUCUGGUGUGACUUUUGUAUUCUUAUUAAAAGUGCUUGCUGCAAUGUCCUCAUUCUCUGGCCCUCAUAGUUUUAAAUAAGAAGUAACUUUGGGAAUUCUGAGGACAUAGGAUUUUCCCCUGAACUUUAAAAGGAACAACAACAAAAUAUGGUGCUUCUGUUACUUAUAAUUUUCAUGCUCCGUAAGUUGUUCUUUUUCCCUCAAUCUGAAUCUCUUGGGAACUGAACCUGUCCAGUCUUCCCACAUUUCAAUAAUGGUUAUAGUAGCCAAAGAUCUGAAUAGUGUCAUGGAUUAAAGAUUUGUCAGAAUAAACUAAAAAUGUGUUUCUGUGUAGUGGGUACAUAUGCAAAAGAAAUACUAACCAGGGACAAGUUUGCUUUCUUAGGAAAGAAAUUCACAGCCAUUGUAGAAACAAGAGCCUUCUGUAAAAUGGAUGCUGAUAACCUUCCCAAGUGAGUGAACACUGCAUCAAACCAGCUGACUGCCCUGAGUUAGGUAUUUUAUAGUAUAAGCUCAGGGUUUCAAUAUCCUUUAAUAGGCAUGUGUCUGUCUUUGUACCCAUACCUGGUUAUACCACUAGGUUAUCCCUAGAAGGGAAGAUUGCCCCUCAAAAUAUCUACACACAGUCAAGAUGGCAUUGUAUAUUGCUUGUUUGCUUUCCCCAGUGAGCCCACUUACCAGUAAGAACAGACACAUGAGCUUAGUUGGGAUAUUUUUAAAGCUACUAUGCAGAAAAAGGAAAUGAUGCAUAGAACCAGCAGGACAUCACUUUACAAAUGUUUUAGGUGGAAAGGGAAAAUCCGUCAGGAAGAUGGAUAAAGACUCAACCAUGAGGAGUUGGGAGGUUUUCAGAUAUGGGGCUCAGGGGCAGGAGAUGGAUAGAGAUAGCUGAUUUUUCACUCAUUAAAAUAGAAUUAAUCCUAGCUACUCAGGAGGCAGAGAUCAGGAGGAUCAAGGUUCGAAGCCAGCCCUGGCAAAUA